AUGGGUAAGGUUCACGGUUCGCUCGCUCGUGCGGGUAAAGUCAAGUCUCAGACUCCAAAGGUCGAACCCCAAGAGAAAAAGAAGACCCCAAAAGGCCGUGCUAAGAAGCGCCUUCAAUACACUCGACGAUUCGUCAAUGUUACCAUGACUGGUGGCAAGCGCAAGGUGCGUACAAAACUUGAUUUGACGAAAAAGAAGAGCAAUAUGUCUAAUAAGACCAUCGAUAUCUUUGCAGAUGAACCCCAACCCAACAUCAUAAACGCCACUUUGCGUUCGAUCCGCUUUUUCCUUGAAUUUUCGUCCAUGUGGUUUUGUUACUUUGAUUUGCUUGGGAUAAGCACGCACGCUAGGCGAUACGCCGACCCCCGAAGCGACAUGGAGUGGGAGAGCUCUUUACCAUGGUAG